CAAGGGAAGGGAAAGGAGAGCGAGAGCUGCCUCAAAUGCUUGAAAUAAUUCCGCUUCCGUUUGGAAAGGGGCAGCUUCAGUCUCCGCCGCCGCCGCCGCCGCCUGCCCUGACGCCUUCUCCUUCGGUGCGCCCCAGUCCUACCCGGCCCGGCCCUCCCGGAGCUCCGCUCUCUGUUCCCCGCCAUGGCAACCUCCCCUCAGAAGUCGCCCUCGGCCCCCAAAUCCCCCACCCCCAAGUCUCCCCCGUCCCGGAAGAAAGAUGACUCCUUCUUGGGAAAACUUGGAGGAACUCUGGCCCGAAGAAAGAAAGCCAAGGAGGUGUCUGACCUUCAGGAAGAAGGGAUGAAUGCCAUCAAUUUACCUCUCAGCCCAAUCCCCUUCGAGCUGGAUCCUGAGGACACCAUGCUAGAGGAGAAUGAAGUCCGGACAAUGGUGGAUCCAAAUUCACGGAACGACCCCAAACUACAGGAACUGAUGAAGGUAUUAAUUGAUUGGAUCAAUGAUGUUCUGGUUGGAGAAAGAAUCAUCGUGAAAGACUUGGCUGAAGAUAUGUAUGAUGGACAAGUCCUGCAGAAGCUUUUUGAGAAACUCGAGAGUGAGAAGUUGAAUGUUGCUGAGGUCACCCAGUCCGAGAUUGCUCAGAAGCAAAAGCUGCAGACUGUUUUGGAAAAGAUCAAUGAAACUCUUAAACUUCCCCCAAGGAGCAUCAAGUGGAAUGUGGACUCUGUCCAUGCCAAGAGCCUUGUGGCAAUCCUGCAUCUUUUGGUGGCUUUAUCCCAGUAUUUUCGAGCUCCAAUCCGACUUCCGGACCAUGUUUCUAUCCAAGUUGUGGUGGUUCAGAAACGGGAAGGAAUCCUCCAGUCUCGGCAAAUCCAAGAGGAAAUAACUGGUAACACCGAGGCUCUAUCGGGAAGGCAUGAACGUGAUGCCUUCGACACCUUGUUUGAUCAUGCUCCAGACAAGCUCAACGUGGUGAAAAAGACACUCAUCACCUUUGUGAACAAGCACCUGAAUAAGCUGAACCUGGAAGUCACAGAACUGGAAACCCAGUUUGCAGAUGGAGUAUACUUGGUGCUGCUCAUGGGCCUCUUAGAAGGCUACUUUGUGCCUCUACACAGUUUCUUCCUGACUCCAGAAAGCUUUGAGCAAAAGGUUCUUAACGUGUCAUUUUCCUUUGAGCUGAUGCAAGAUGGAGGGCUGGAAAAACCAAAGCCAAGACCAGAAGAUAUUGUCAAUUGUGAUUUGAAGUCUACCCUUCGAGUCCUCUACAAUUUGUUUACCAAAUACAGGAAUGUGGAAUGAAGAAAGAAUGAACCUGGAUCCCUGAGGGAUGGUGCCAAUGACUAGCUUGCCACUUCUCUUCACUAUUCACCCAGACCUGCCUCCCUAAGCUGAGGCAACUGGAUCGGCAGGCGGGUCUUCUAAUUGCAAUGAACUCUUUAUUCUCACCACACUGAAUGCUAGCUGGGAUAUCUUACUGUAACUCAGAAAAACUGUAAUUAAAAUUUUAAAGAAAAUGAUUAGGUACUUACUGGAGAUUUAACUCUGGAUUCCAAAAGGAAAUCUAGCUUUUAAAGUGCACCCCAACCUUUACGAUGUUAGAGAAAUGAACUGUGACUUUCAUCUCUUCCCUCUUCCUCCCCCCAUUUGGGGAUUGGGACCCUUUAAAGAAAAGAGGUCUUUAAAGACUAAAAAAAAUCUGGGAUGUGGUGGGUGGGAGCUCCUCCCUUUAGACAACAUUUAUUUGACAUUUAUUUGUUUUUAACCAAAAAAAAAGAGAGACAGACAGACAGACAGACAGACAGACAGACAGACAGACACAGUACUCUAGUGUAUGGAGGACUAGCCUUGGAGUCAGGGAGACCAAAAUUCAAGUCCUGCCUUGAUCACAUACUAGCUAAAUCUUCAAAGAUGGAUCAUGUAAUCUCUGAGUGCCCCCAGGCAACUCUCAAAGUCUCUGAGUUCCAUAUGAGUUGCCAAUUUGCAUCAGUGGAAGGAAUUUCCAUGCCAGGAAUCCCUUAUAUUGAAGAAAUCCCAGAUCUAGACCAAGAAAAACAAAAACUGACCCAAGCACACCUUGUAGAUUCCCUCCCCUUCUUCCUAAACCACCUCAGAAGGAUGGAGUAUCUGUAAGAUGGUGAGUAGAGGCAAAUUCCAUCAUAGGUGCAGGACACUUUGGGACUCGGCGGUCUACACUGAAAUAGGAGAGUUGAAAUUGAAGCCAAAUGAUACCAUAUAUGGUCAGAACCAUGCCUUAUAUGUUUUUUUAAUCUCAAAUACUUUUUACAACUAAAAUGACUCCAUUCCUAUGGGUUGGUAAUAAUGUGAGACUUGGGCUUAAAUGUAAUUUAGGGACAAAUCCUGGAGAGAAUCAAGGCCCCUACUUUGUCAUUUUUUUUCUUUAUUACCUGUAACAGAAAUCCCUUAUAUUUUCCUUCCAACCAAGUACCCAAUUCAUUAUAAUUGGUAAAGUAUAUCAGAGGCUAUGGAGUGGAGACCAUCUCAGCAGUUCCCAGAAAGUGGAACCCUUUAGGAGGGAUCCUUGAACUUUUUUUUAAAAACCCUAAUAUCUUUUACAUAUAUCCUUCUAUGUUAAUUUUAUUUGUUACAGGG